UUAAAGUGUAGCUUUAAUAUUAUAAAAUCUCAAGCUGUUUUUUAAUACUUAUGUAUAUACCUAUCACUCUACAGACGGUAUCAGGCAUGGGCUACUAGUAUAAUUCACACGUGAAUAAAGAAAGGAUAGUCGAUUGAUUAGCGAGUUCCUAAAUCACAAAACUCUUUGUUUGAUGUCACAUCAGAUGUCAGAAUCACCACAGACAAUAUUCCAUCAGGGUUCGAAAUUAACUCAUGUCCGUAAGUCCGAGACUAGUAGAAUACAUGUCGGACUAGUGAACUCUCUAUAGCACUAGUCCGUACGGACUAGUGAAAAUCCGGAAAUCAAUUUUGAAUUGGUAAAGAUUUUAGCAAGAUUUGUCUGAGUCUCUUAGAUGUUUGAACUUAUGGUUGAUUACCUGCAUGGUCAGGUGUUUGCCUGACUAUGACAGUCUGAUCUUCCAAACACAUUUGAGACCGCCGUUCUUCGAACGUGCACACAUUGUCAAAUUCCUGCCGAUUCCGAACGCCGAGUACACAUCACGAGAACGUGUUCUAGGUGCAAGAAUUGCAAGUAGUGUGGUCUGAGAACAUGUAGGUUUGUGCGCACAUGUUCUCGUCAUUCGCGACUCUAACACAGUAGUUCAUAACACUAUAGCUCAUGACUUGGUCAAUCGAGUGAAUUUUAUUGACUUUCUUGAUAAAAUUUCGAACUCCUGUGACUCUAAGGUCUGAACACCAAAACAACAGGAAUGUCGAUCUCGAACGCACUUAUGGACGUUUAUCAAAGGAUUAACUCGGAGGUUAAUAUUGUAUGCUUUUGAAGAUCUUGAAUACGAAAUAAAAUAUGGUGGUCUCUUUUUCUUCUGUAGGUGUCAGAAAUUGAAUUGUUUGCAACUGUGAUGUGUUUAGUUUGAUUAAAAUGAAGAUAAUUUUUUGAUAUACUGGACGGACUAGUGAAAUGCUUUGCGGACUAGUGAACAUCAAUAGUGACUAGUCCGUACGGACUAGUGCUUGAAAAAGUUAAUUUCGAACCCUGUCCAUGAAUGUGAUACUCAUCAUCAUCAAUUCCCUUUUUUUUUUAAAUUAGUUACAAUGCUUUGUUAAUUUUCAUUUUGGUUUUGAAAGAGAUAUUUAUUUUUUAUUUAUUUUUAAAUAAAGAUUCAAAAGAAAUUCUUGAGAGAAGUAAAUUGAACAGCCACUGAAAAAAAUAUCCAGCAAAAAUGCUAAAAGGUGCAAGAAGAAACAAUCUUUGUCAUACACAGUGUGCUUUCAUCAUACUAUGUAAUGGAAUUUCCAUUUUGUCGUUCAUUCAAAUUUUUUAUUUCGUGAUGGCUAAGGUCAAUUGAAUAUAAAAAGGUCUCGAUUAUUCACACGGAUUUUCUCCAUUUAUUUCCGGUUUAAUGGUGAAGUGUAUGAAAGAUGAUGUAUAAGAAAACACUUUUAGAAAACUAGUUUGAUGACUAGAGAACGACAGACAUUUAAACAGUGACGACCGAGCGGGGUAUUGUUAUGUUAAUUACACGCAUCCAAUGUCGUCUGUGUGGAAUUAGAACAGUUUGCCCAUUUUAUAGCAUCGUAGAAUUUUGAAUAUGGCAAACAGAAGUGUGACAGUUAAAGUAGAGAUAGCAUUACCUGACUUCUUCUCAAACUUCCCAGUGACGGUAAAUCAUCCCCUGGGAGGAGGGAUGUCGAGGACGAGUGGAGACGAUUGCGCGAAGAUUGUCCAUGAGUCAGAACCACAAAAAGAGACAGAAGAUCCAGGGGAUUUAUUAGAUGAACCCCGAAGUAUCAGCGAGAUCAAAGAAAAUUUGUAUUCAGCGUCAGCACGUGAUCCUGGUGGUGCCAAAAAUUUAGCUGUUUGCUCUGAGAACAGUCAACAACUUUACGCACGUGCAGCUACUGAUCUGAGUUCUUCCGCGUCUUCUCUUGGUUUUUCUGUUCAUGGUCCAACUGAAAAUGACGAGUUGGAGCACAACUAUUUGGAAGAGGAAGCACGCGCCGGUUCGCGUCCCGAUUCACAGAGUUCGGGAUACGCAGGAUCCGAUGUAAGUGAACGACACAUUCAUGUGGAAAACCGAUCUCCUCAUGACGAAGUUAUGCUGCGUCAAGCAGCGAUUCAGCGGACCACUAGUGGCACCAGCAGUUUAAGCAGCAGCCUCAACACGGAGGAAAUGAGACGUCUGUAUGACAAAGAGUUAUAUAUAUCUGGAUGUGACACGUGCAAGAUGCUGAGGGGAACGUCCCCGUCCAAAGAGUCGAUAGAAUUUUGGGACGAAGUUGAGAUUUGUGGAGGUGACGAUAGAAUAAAAUGUCACAGUAAGUUCUGGAGUUACUUCUUAAAAAAACUGAAAGAGAAAUUUCCAGGUGAAGAAGGAUUAAAUAGUAAACAGACAAUCCAUUUGCUCAAGACAUUAUUGAAUGUGCAAGGGGGAGAUGAUGGUGAAAUUGUACUCUCUAACUUGAUGAGAAUAGUGCGAUACUUUGGUCCCAUUAAGAAAGAUGUUGAAGGGAAGUGUGUUAUCAUACGUCAUCUGACUGAUAUUGUAAAAAACUCUCUCGUUACAUCGAAAGUGGGAAAGAAGACAAUAAAGCAGAGCUGGUUUGCUGGUGAUAUGACAAGAAGUAAUGCGGAGGAACUUCUGGAGAAUCAGAAAGAUAAGACCUAUCUUGUGAGGAUGAGUCAAAGUGGAUCAGACACGGGAAACUUUGUGGUGUCUGUCAAAGACCAAAAUGGUGGCCAUCACUUUGAAAUCGAAGGAAACCCUGUAGCAUCCUGCAGAAGCGAUACUUUAAACUGUCAUCUGCAGUUUCUCAACAGUUCUUAUGAAACCUUACCAAGCUUGGUGGAGGAUUUGAAGUACAAUCCACUUAGAGGUGAAGAGGAUGAAGAAGACGUUGAGUGUACGUACAUCUGCCCAGAUCUACCGUUUAAUAGUGUCAUUACAGCAUAUAAGCGCACAAAAUAAGAGACAACAGAAGACAGAUAUUUCACGUGGUCAGCAGAAUCACCUCGCGUACUCAUGUCCUAAUGACAUUCUUGUGUAUUAAUGCAUAUAUUGAUAUUGAAUUGUCGAAUAUAGACUGUUUAAUGGUAGCGUAGUUUUUCUUGUAUAGGAAAUGGAGGCAAGUGUUAAGCUUGUAGAUCUCAUUCAUUAUAAAUCUAUGAAAAAUGUCCUUUGAUAUAUAUACGGUGAUUUGCUGGGUUUUUUCUUUUACAUACCAGUAGCAUAUUGUAAUUUUGUUGCAUAAUAUAUAUCUAGUUGUGCUUUGAAUUAUGUGUGGAGAUACAUAUGUGAUAGUGAGAAUGUGCAAUUUAUUGCGACCAUUCAGUACAUAUAUAUUGAUUUAUAUAUUACUAUAAUUGACCUAUUUUUAGCGUGUUCAUAAUACACCGCAAUUCUCAAAACAUAUAAAAAUACUGACAUUUGAUAUCCUUGACCAUACCAAAGAAAAUGCUGUUAUUUAAACGGUGGCAAUAGAUGACGAAAAGAGCAUAGGUACUGUAAUGAUGAGCAUUUCUAUUAGAAAAGUGUCAAUAAUAUAUACAAUGUAUAGAGUUUAGAUACACAAAAGUGUUGUGUUAUGUUACAUGUAGAAUUUUCCCUCUUAUUCAUCUGCAUUAUGAAUGCUAAAGUAGCCUGUUUUUAUUCUGAAUUACAGAUAACAUGCGUUGUGCUUUUGUUGGGUGCUAUUUGCAUGGUUCCUUGUUGCUACGAAAAUUCACAUAUAAUUGAAUUUUUUGUAUCUUUUGAAUUACAAAUACAGGUAUGCGGUGUGGUUUACAUGCUUUUCAUUAUAUUUGAAUUUUGUAAGGUCAACCAAUGAUGAGCACUUGUUUGCCCUAGAAGACAAUUCAAAGUGAUGUAAUUAUGAGUCUGAUUGUCUGUUCGUUUGUUUCAAGACCGUUUGCUUGCUUUUGCCGAAUUGUUUUAUGUCCGGAAAUUUUCAAACAGAUUAGUUCAAAGUGGCACUGUUUAAAUGAGAGAGUGAAAAAUAGAGAGAGAGAGAGAGAGAGCAUCCUAUAAAGAAAUAGAGAUGGUGGAGAGAGAAGAGAGAGGUAGCUUUUAAUUCAAGUACAUGUGUAAGCGUUAUCAGUAUUCAUAUUCCACUUGUGUAUCAUAUACGUAAUAUACUCCAGAAUCAUCUCAAGUUGUCCUUUAGAAAAGUCUAAUUAUACGUUGUCUAAUUCUAAAGCGACUCGCUUGUUUUCCUUCAUUACAUGUCAUACCAAACAUUACAUGUAGAACCCCUCUUGUCUAAGACAUGGCGUUGCAAUAUCAAUAUUAUACUAAUGAAGUAGAAAUUCAGAUUCAUGCAGUAUAGAAUAUAAUUGACAAGGAUUAAUUGAUUCUUGUGUAUUUUGUCCUAGUAAUUUAUAUCCUGCUAUAAGUGUAUGAAAUACAAUUGACAGAAAGUGUCUGAUGCUUUGUAUGUGUAUUCUAUUGUAAAAUUCAUUGUUAUCUGCCUAUUAUGCAAUGCACAGCAAGUUAUAUAAGAGUAAUAAUUUUUCGUGCUCGGGACCGAGUCACACAUUACAAUUUCUGUGCUACAUGAACAUUUGGUAACCAAAUGUAAAGAAACUUCAUACUGUGUAUUUGAUGUUAAAGAUCGACAAUGCACGCAUAUUUUACAUGAGGUUAUCUCCUUUAACUCAUUUAAGACUGUUCAACAGUAUCCAUUGUGUAGUUAUGGAAUCUUCAAAUACUCGUUUUAAAAAUGUACUCGAAUCUCAAUGUCCAAUGAGAUCACUCCAUAAGGCAUUUACAGAACAUGAAUUUGGGCAUCUCACAUAAAGUUGUGAAAUUAUCAAAAUCUAUAUUCUGAUCUAGUCAUCCAAGAAAAGUAUUAACACAUAAACAUUCAAUACAGACCAAUUUUGGACGUGUGAAAUAUUUUGUGUUUUAAAAAUAGCUUGUCAUAGAUAUUUUUAUUCUGUAUGAACAUACAUUCUUAGUAAUGUUUCAGAGCUGCCAAACUGUAUAUUAGAUAAUGUGAAGUCGUACAACAUAUUUUGUUUUGAUAAUCUAUAUACAUUUGUGGUUUAGGGUUUGUUACGUUGUUUUAAAUACCUAUGUAUUGUGUUCUAGAUCACUCGAACGAAACGUCCGCUUACAAUUAAUCAGUACAUUACUGAAAUGGAAUAUUCACUAGUAAAUUACCGAACAGCUGUGCCAGGUGUUUUGGGGAAGAAAACAGGGAAGAGAUGCAAUCUCAAUGGGGGGAGGGGGUCAAAAUUUUCUACGUUUACAUGAGUAAUAAUUUGAAAAUAUGUAGAAUUGUGACAUUAUCCCCUUUUCAGAGUAAUAUUCGUAAAAUGGAGAUCUAAUUUAUAUACUAUACACUGUUCACAUCAUGACCUGCAUUAUAGUCCGAAGCCACGAUGAGGAAGUGAGAUGAUUAUGAGAUUUGUUAUAUCAACAAAAAUCAGACAACUGCUAUUAUAACCACAUUUUGUUCUUUCGAUUUGCUCCCUGUAUGUCAUGGCGAUGCGCAUACGAAAUGUCUGUUUUCACUUUUUACUAGUGUAUACAAUUUUGUUCUAGAAUCCAAGAUUUCUAAGUCCCAGUAUUUAUCAAUAUUGUUAUUUCUAUCUUUAUACAUUAUGCUUUAUUUUGUAUUCUUCAUAGGAGUUAUGAAUGAGAUUGAUCACUGUUCGUUAUCUUCACCUGUCUUAAUACUUUCACAAUCCUAGAUUGACAUGACUUUUGUGUGGAUUUAAGUAUAAGUGCAUUCUUUAUACAUGUACAUGUUUGUAUUAUGUGGAUGGAAAUAAAAUAAAAAAAUAUA